GCCGCACCUUUUACGUCGGCUUGGCCGUCAGCUUUUUCUGGCGGAGGUCAAGUCCCGGAACAUGGGUUCUUCAGUGUCCCAGCUUUUUGAACCAGGCAAAGUCGCUGCGCUUCCGGAAGGCACCACCUCCGCCAAGCCCGCGCCCCUUUCUGCACCCGAAGCGCCGACCUCUCCAGCGCAAGCCCGCUUCUUCACUACCUGCUGGAGUUGUCGUGUGCUUUCCGGGUCGGGGCUGAUAGGGGCGGGCGGGUACGUGUACUGGGUGGCACGGAAGCCCCUGAAGCUGGGAUACCCCCCGAGUCCAGGGACUAUUACGCAGAUGGUCAUCGGCAUCAGCAUUGCUUGUUGGGGUGUAGUCAUCCUGUCAGAUCCCAAAGGGAAGGCCUUCCGUGUUGGUUAAAAGUACUACCAGUGAAUUUGUCGUCUUCUGUCCCCGUAACACACAGCAAAUAUGAGGCUUAUGGAUGUUCUGGACAGACAUAUGGACACGGACAGACCUCAGUCCUACAGAUACUACAAAACUGAAAAGACAAACAUGGGUUGCCAUUGACAACCAAGUGAGUGUGGCUUUCUUCCCAGGCUCUACAGGGACCAAUAAAUCCCUCAGAGAAGAGAA